AUCGCCGAGCCUAACGUUCUAGUUCUCCUUGACCUCGUUGCUCCUCGUCGACCAAUAAGUCGCCGAGCGUUUCGCGAUCGACGAGAAAGUAACGCGUUCCCGGCGACGGCCGCAUUGCUGCGUACUAGUCGGAUAGGAGAUCAGGAGGCCGGCAUUAUGUCAAGUACUAGUAGGAGUCGCACCAGCCAUGACCACGGUCGUUACGACGACGCUGAGUGCGACACUGCGUGCGACUCUGUGUGCGACGCUGCGUGCGACGAUGCGUGCGUCAAGCCACCGCCAGUGCCAAGCGCUUUUUCCCUCGCCGCGUUCCCCUCUGCCAGGUCAAGCUGUGAUUUACCGCACAAGUCGCUGCGAGUGCUCGAUUAAAAAUCGCCACUUAGAGAGAUGCCAGUCAAGCAGUGCUUUACUGUACAAGGCGCUGCGAGUGCUCUAGUAUCGAAGCGCCUCUAUUUCUUAUUCGCCUCUACUGCGAGCGGUCUAUUAUAGAGGCGCAUCUAAACGAGAUGCCAGUCAAGCGGAGCUUAACCGCGGAAGUCGUUGCGCGUUGCGAAGCCACCGAGGCCCUCGGGUCGAGACGGGUCGUCGCCGCACGGCGCCGGCGGUGUGAGCCCCCGCACACUCAUCCUUCCCCGCUCGAAAGCGAGAUCGAACGUCGAACAUCGAACGUGGAACGUGGAGCGCGAUCCUUGUUGCGACCGCGUCGUCACUAGCUGGCCGAGCGGCCAUAAAUCGAGACGAUAUCAGCAGCUGUGAGAAUCAGUCUUCAACGUAGUAGCCUCUUCUAGAGGAAACCCCUCCCUGUUGUACCUCUACUGGUGCUGUAUCUGUAACUCUACUACCACUCUACCACUGUACCACCCUUCACUCUAGUGUGUUUGUAACUCUACCACUCUACCGCCCUUCCUGUCUUUCGCUGCAUCGUAGCCGUCCAUUGAACCGACUCAAGAUCAGGCUGGAAAAGAAGCCCGUUCCUUCCCCCUCGCCACGCGGCACAGCAGAAGCACUUGACAGCUGCACGCCAGCCGCUGUCCAACCGGCUGCUAACUUGCCGGCUGCCUGGCUGCUUACCUGCUUACCGGCUGAUUGACGAGCCCUGCCGGCUGCACGGGUGUUGGUGCAGUCUAGCUGCACAAGCCUCCGUUGAAGGAUGGAGCGUUCCAAGGCCGUGUUUCGCGUGUUCCUCAUCGCGCUCGUUGCUGCGAGCCUGCUACAGUUGUCGCUGGGAGCAAAAACCAUUAGCAGCACUGGUGGCAACAGUCCCUCUGAAACCAGAAGCACCAAUGGCAGCAACAGCGCCGACAGCAGCACCCGUGGCGACGCCGGCGGCAGCGACGGCAACAGCGGCAAGAGCAGCACCCGUGGCGACGCCGGUGGCAGCUGCAGCAACAGCGGCGACAACAGCACCCGUGGCGAUGCCGGCGGCAGCAGUGGCAACAGCGGCGACAGCAGCACCCGUGGCGACGCCGGCAGCAGCGGCGCCAACAGCGGCGACAGCCGCACCCAUGCCGGCGCCGGCGGCAACGGCGGAAACAGCGGCGACAGCAGCACCCGUGGCGACGCCGGCGGCAGCGGCAGCGGCGGCAACACCGGCAACAGCAGCACCCUUGCCGACGCCGGCAGCAACGGCGGUAACAGCGGCGACAGCAGCACCCGUGGCGGUGCCGGCGGCUACGGCGGCAACAGUGGCGACAGCAGCACCCGUGGCGACGCCAGCGGCAGCGGCGGCAACAGCGGUGACAGCAGCACCCUUGGCGACGCCGGUGGCAACAGCGUCAACAGCAGCACCCGUGGCGACGCCCGCAGCAGCGGCAGCAGCGGCAAUAGCGGGGACAGCAGCACCCGUGGCGACGCCGGCGGCAGCGGCAGCGGCGGCAACACCGGCAACAGCAGCACCCGUGGCGACGCCAGCGGCAGCGGCAGCGGCGGCAACACCAGCAUCAGCAGCACCCGUGGCGACGCCGGCAGCAACGGCGGUAACAGCGGCGACAGCAGCACCCGUGGCGACGCCGGCGGCAGCGGCGGCAACAGCGGCGACAGUAGCACCCGUGGCGACGCCAGCGGCAGCGGCGGAAACAGCGGCGACAGCAACACCCGUGGCGACGCCAGCAGCAGCGGCGCCAACAGUGGCGACAGCAGCACCCGAGGCGGCGCCGGCGGCAGCGGCGGCAACAGCACCCGUGGCGACGCCAGCGGCAGCGGCAGCGGCGGCAACACCAGCAACAGCAGCACCCGUGGCGACGCCGGCAGCAACGGCGGUAACAGCGGCGACAGCAGCACCCGUGGCGUGGCGACGCCGGCGGCAGCGGCGGCAACAGUGGCGACAGCAGCACCCAUGGCGUCGCCGGGGGCAGCGGCAGUGGCAGCAAUAGCGGCGACAGCAGCACCCGUGGCGACGCUGGCAGCAACGGCGGCAACAGCGGCGACAGCAGCACCCGUGGCGACGCCGGCGGCAGCGGCGGCAACAGCGGCGACAGCAGCACCCGUGGAGGUGCCGGCGGCUACGGCGGCAACAGUGGCGACAGCAACACCCGUGGCGACGCCAGCGGCAGCGGCGGCAACAACGGCGACAGCAGCACCCGUGGCGACGCCGGCGGCAACAGCGGCGACAGCAGCACCCGUGGCGACGCCGGCAGCAGCGGCGCCAACAGCGGCGACAGCCGCACCCGUGCCGGCGCCGGCGGCAACGGCGGAAACAGCGGCGACAGCAGCACCCGUGGCGACGCCGGCGGCAGCGGCAGCGGCGGCAACACCGGCAACAGCAGCACCCUUGCCGACGCCGGCAGCAACGGCGGUAACAGCGGCGACAGCAGCACCCGCGGCGGUGCCGGCGGCAACGGCGGCAACAGUGGCGACAGCAGCACCCGUGGCGAUGCCAGGGGCAGCGGCGGCAACAACGGCGACAGCAGCACCCGUGGCGACUCCGGCGGCAACAGCGGUGACAGCAGCACCCGUGGCGACGCCAGCGGCAGCGGCGGAAACAGCGGCGACAGCAGCACCCGUGGCGACGCCGGCGGCAGCGGCAGCCGCGGCAACAGCGGCGACAGCAGCACUCGUGGCGACGCCGGCGGCAACAGCGGCGACGGCAGCACCCGUGGCGAUGCUGGCGGCAGCGGCAGCGGCGACAGCAGCACCCGUGGCGACGCUGGCCGCAGCGGCGGCAACAGCGGUGAUAGCAGCACCCGUGGCAACGCCGGAGGCAGCGGCGGCAACACCGGCGACAGCAGCACCCGUGGCGAUGCCGGCGGCAGCGGCAACAGCGGCGACAGUAGCACCCGUGGCGACGCCGGCAACAACGGCGGCAACGGCGGGAAGGGCGACAACAGCACCCGCGGCGACGUCGGUGGCAAUGGUGGCAUGGGCGACAACAGCACCCGUGGCGACGUCGACGGCAAUGGCGGCAAGGGCGACAACAGCACCCGUGGCGACAACAGCACCCCUCCACCCCUAGUGCCGCUGCUGGUUGGCACAAGGGUGAAAAUCGACGGCCGCUCGUUCGCCUUCGCGACGCGCCGCUGCGUCGGCAUUUCUGCCAGGAGGGGUCGUGGGAAAAGGGUGCAGGUGGCGUGGAAGCAGGCGGGCAAGGCUUCUUGCAAGAAGAUCCAGUUCUUUGCUGGCCCGGGCUGCAAGGGGAAGGUGGUGGACACCCUCGCACAGGGCAGGGGGUCUAAGAAGAUGGCCAAGAAACUGAAGUCGAUGCGCUGUGUCGUUGAGGACGUUGCAAACGCAUAAUGCCAUCAACAGUCCAAGGAACGGAGGAUGGCACGGUGCACAAAGUAGUUUUUGAAUAGACGCAGAAAAGAGGCCUGAAUCAAGUCGUACUGUAUGUUGGACGGGAGAGGCGGGGACUGAGUCUGGAAGGAGCAGAGGAAUGAGAGUGGAGCAGUGGAGGGGGGGAGCAUGGGCCAUGCACUGUCUCUGAGAGUUCAAAUAAACAGUGUUACCAUGUUGGACGGAGAGGCGGUGACCGACUGAGUGAGGAAGGAGUAGAGGAAUGAGGGUGGUGCAGUGGAGGGAUGGAGCAUGGGCCAUGACUCCAUGCACCGUCCUUGAAUGGGACGCAAAGGGCGGCACGGUGCGGUGUGGUGCGGUGAGUGGAUGAAUAAGAAUGGAGGAAAUGGCUGGCUGACAGAGGAUCAAGGCAAGGCACGCCAUGUGGCAAGAUAUGCUAGCCCUUCUGGCACAAGGCAAGGCCCUUCUGUGUUUCUUUUCCUUUGCUGAUGGAGCAGUGAGUCAGCAACCCAUGGGGUGUUUCUGCUCACAGAAGCCCCCCCCAACCCAAACUGGCUGCUGCUCCUCUAAUAAAUCGAAGUGGAGUGGGAUCAUGCGAUGGGAUCGCAAUAAAUAAACACGGCGGCCCGUGCUCCUGCUGAUUCUGCUGAGCCUAUGUGCUGUAUCAUAGUGACCCACUCCGAUCUUGCUUCUGUAUUUUGAAUAAUGUGAGGCUUUUCAUUUGGGAACUGCUGUCGUGGCGCUGGGAUAACAUGAAUAUUUUUUUUGGAAUAAAAAAUUAACAGAUUG